UAAGUUUCCACAUUCCGUCAUCCAAACAAGCCCCAUCAGCUGUCUGCAGAAACUCCAUUUACAUUUCAGUCUGCACCUUCAAAGCAACAAACAAAACUCUUUCUCUCUCUAUGCAUACAAUUUUCAAGUAGAAUCAGUGAUAUAGAAGAUGUUCCCGCAAUUCGGUGCCACAGCAGAGACACUGAGCAAGGCAUCUACGAUCGUGUUUCGUAUAGGUACAGACGCUCACUUAUAUGACGAUCCUGAGGACGUGAACAUCGCUCCUUUGCUCGAUAGCAAGUUCGACUCCGAGAAAUGUGAAGCUCUUAAGCGCCUCCUCGCUCUAAUCGCUCAAGGCUUUGACGUUUCCAAUUUCUUCCCUCAGGUUGUGAAAAAUGUGGCAUCUCAGUCAUUGGAAGUAAAGAAGCUGGUUUACUUGUACUUGCUGCAUUAUGCCGAAAAGCGUCCAAAUGAAGCUUUGCUGUCAAUCAAUUCCUUCCAGAAGGAUUUGGGAGACACAAACCCAUUGGUGAGGGCUUGGGCACUUCGUACCAUGGCAGGAAUCCGUCUACAUGUAAUUGCACCUCUUGUUUUGGUGGCUGUAGGCAAGUGUGCGAGAGAUCCAUCUGUUUAUGUCAGAAAGUGUGCUGCUAAUGCUCUUCCCAAGUUGCAUGAUUUGCAUCUAGAGGAACAUUCCUCAACAAUUGAAGAGAUUGUUGGAAUAUUGUUAAGUGACCAUUCCCCUGGAGUAGUUGGAGCUGCUGCUGCUGCAUUUGCUUCUGUUUGUCCAAAUAAUUAUAAUUUGAUUGGAAGAAACUAUAGAAGGUUAUGUGAGGUUCUUCCCGAUGUGGAAGAAUGGGGUCAGAUAGUUCUAAUUGGAAUCCUUUCGCGCUAUGCAAUAGCAAGGCAUGGUCUGGUAAAAGAAUCUAUAAUGUUCUCUUUACAUGGCAAGGAGACUUCUCAGUCUGAAAAUGAUGGUUUAGAUGCUGAAUUUCCAUUAGAAAAAGACAGUAGUAGCGUGACUUGGAAAUAUGACUCUGAAUUGGCAAGCAUGGUCUCCAGGUGUUAUAUUGAAGGACCUGAUGAAUACUUAUCGCGGUCAAAUUAUGCCAACAAGAUUUCUUCUGAAUUUAGUGGUGCAAAAUUUACAUCUGGCAAAAGUAAUGAUGAUGUGAAGGUCCUGCUCCAGUGUACUUUGCCAUUGCUAUGGAGUAACAAUAGCGCAGUUGUACUAGCAGCAGCUGGUGUCCACUGGAUUAUGGCUCCAUGUGAGGAUGUCAGAAGAAUUGUUAAACCACUUCUGUUUUUGCUGAGAUCUUCUAAUUCUUCUAGAUAUGUGGUCCUUUGCAACAUUCAAGUGUUUGCUAAAGCAAUGCCUUUCCUCUUUUCUCCGUACUUUGAAGAUUUUUUCAUUAUUUCUUCAGAUUCUUAUCAAAUAAAAGCUUUGAAGCUUGAGAUUCUCUGUUCUAUUACCACAGAAUCAUCUAUUUCAUCUAUCUUCAAAGAGUUUCAGGAUUAUAUCAGAGAUCCAGACAGGAGAUUUGCUGCUGAUACUGUUGCUGCAAUCGGUUCAUGUGCUCAAAGACUUCCCAAAAUUGCCAAUACAUGCUUGGAAGGGCUGUUGGCUGUAAUUAGAAAGGAAUUUCUUAACAGUGAUUCAGGAUUUAUUGGUGGAGAAGGGGGCGUGUUAGUUCAAGCAAUAACAUCAAUUAGAUCAAUUAUAAAACAAGAUCCUCCUUGUUAUGAAAAGGUUGUAAUUCAGUUGGUUCGUAGUUUGGAUUCAAUCAAGGUGCCUGCAGCCCGUGCAAUAAUAAUCUGGAUGAUGGGAGAGUAUAGCAAUUUAGGGGAUAUAUUACCAAGAAUGUUAAGCACUGUACUUGAGUAUCUUGCAUGGAGCUUUUCUUCAGAAGCAUUGGAAACAAAGCUUCAGAUUCUCAACACUAUUCUUAAGGUGCUGUCAAGUGCAAAAAAGGAAGAACUUUGGACUUUUAGAAAAGUAGGAAGCUAUGUGCUUGAAUUGGCAGAGUUUGAUUUGAACUAUGAUGUCCGUGACAGAGCUCGCCUUAUCAAGAAACUUCUUUCAUCAAAAUUAGAUUCUCAAGAAAUUCGGGAUGAUAUGAAUUGUUCACCUCAAAGGGAGGAUCUGCCCCAUGUGCUUGCCGAAUGCCUGUACCGAGGACAAACAAAAGAAUCAUCUUUGGAACCUAUUAAUUAUCGAAUAUACCUUCCUGGAUCUCUCUCACAAAUAGUCCUCCAUGCAGCUCCAGGAUAUGAACCUCUCCCAAAACCUUGUACUUUGCUUCAUGAUGAGCUUACCCAGCUAUCAGGCACUAAUCAUGAGAAAGACAUGUUAGGGGAAGGGACAGAUGGUUCUGACACAAUAUCUGGAUCAUCAGACGAGGAAACUCUUUCAGAUUAUAGUGUAGAACAUUCUAUUACUGAUUCAGGUGGUGAUGGCGGCAGCGAUGAUGUUGGUUCUGCUAGUGAGAGUGGAGAUGAUGUUGAUCCACUGAUUCAGGUAUCAGAUGUUGGGGAUGCUCACUUAAAUCAGAAUGAAGUUCCUCUGUCUGCCUCAACUGAUUUGGAAGAACUGGUGUCAAAGAGAGCUCUUGAAUCAUGGCUGGAUGAGCAGCCUGACUUGUCAAACCCAAGUACAUCUGAACGAAGUCAAGUCUGUAGAUCAUCAGCAAGAAUUUCCAUGAGGGAUAUUGGAAGUCAAGUUAAACCUAAACGCUAUUCACUUUUAGAUCCUGCGAACGGAAAUGGUUUGAAGGUUGAUUAUUCAUUCUCAUCUGAAAUUUCAAGCAUAUCUCCUGUACUUGUGUGCCUUGAUGUUUCCUUUGAGAACUGUUCCACUGAAACUAUUUCAGAAGUAAAGUUGGUGGAUGAGGAAUCUAACAAAGCUUCAGAUUCUACUGAAAGCUCCUUGCCUUCUCAUAACAACAUACCAAUUUUGGUUCCUAUGGAAGAGAUUACUUCUCUAGAGCCUGGUAAGAUGAUGAAGAGGAUUCUCCAUGUUCAUUUCCAUCAUCAUCUAUUGCCUUUGAAGCUGGCACUAUAUUGUAAUGGCAAGAAACUUCCUGUCAAGUUGCGACCUGACAUCGGAUAUUUUGUAAAACCACUUCCAAUGAACAUUGAAGCCUUCACAGAUAAGGAGUCUCGUCUCCCUGGAAUGUUCGAGUACAAGAGGAGUUGCACCUUUACUGACCACAUUGAGGAGCUGAACAAGGACAGCAGUGACAUGUUAAUGAGAGAUAAAUUUCUCUUAGUCUGUGAGAGCCUAGCCAGAAAGAUGCUUAGCAAUGCUAAUCUUUUCCUUGUAUCUGUUGACAUGCCAAUUGCUGCCAAUCUGGACGAUGCCUCUGGUUUAUGCCUACGGUUCAGCAGUGAAAUUCUGAGCAACUCAAUGCCCUGCUUAAUUACCAUUACUGCUGAAGGUAAAUGCACUGAACCAUUGAACGUGUCUAUAAAAAUCAACUGUGAGGAAACUGUAUUUGGCUUAAAUCUAUUGAAUAGGAUUGUGAAUUUCCUUAGUUGAGCCCCCUUUUUGCCUGCUUGUAUUUGUCGAUUCUGUUUAAAGCCAUAUAUUGUUGAUAAUUUAGUUCAGGGAAAAGAGAGAGAAAAAAAUAGUGAAUCAUCAGAGAAUGUCUUCGGUACCAUUGUGCAAAACUGUAAUUACGUUUUGUCAGUUCUUGCAGUUGUUUUGAAAUAGAUUUGAUAUCUGUUGAAACACCUUUAUCGUACAGAACUAUUUAGUUUCAAGAUCAUGCAAUAACUUGAAGUUUUGUGGAGCAUUCACUCUAUUGAGAUUUUUCUUUUCUUA